AUGUUGUCCCGCUUUCUGUGGAAGACUCCGGUCUAUCAGAAUACAGGUUCCACGGCCCGAGAUCAUCUUGCCUCAGAGCGUACCUUUUUGGCCUGGAUCAGGACGGGGCUUGGCUUCAUCGCGCUGGGCAUCGCCAUUGAGCGGUUCUCCCAGCUGGACCUGAGGCAGCUGCUCAAGCCUCUGCGCCAGCAGCAGCAGCAGCAGCAGGGCCGGCAGUCUCUACCGUACAAGCCCGAUCCCGAGGACGUCGAGCAUGAGCUCGAGAGAGAACAGUCCCAGGUCCUGGUCGGCACCCUGUUGGCCUUGGGAUCGGGCUCGAUAGUCUAUGGGACGUCACGGUAUUUCUCGAAUCUCAAGCUGUUGGAGAGGGGGCUCUUCAAGCCUGCCUACCAUGGCUCGGCUUUUCUAGCAGCAGCAGUCGCAGGCCUGGCUGGUGGCGUGUAUGGGUCUGCGCUCAGGAGAACAUGGGCAGAAAGAAAGGAGCGGAGAGAAAUGGAGAUGGGUGGUUCGCCAUGA